CAGCAGUCCGUUUCGAGCGUGAUAUCCGGAGGCUUGCCGGAAGAUAGCUUACCGUUGUGUAAAUUGUGUUAGUUUGUGUUUCUGUUAGUUUUUGAAUUUAAACAGUGUCGGGGGCGCACUGGUGAGAAGUGUUAAUAGAAAAAAAAAAUCGGCAAAGUUAUUUAAACCUUUGGAGUUGUCUGUCAAACCUCGCGCUGUGUCGAGUUAAUUUAUUUGUGAAUUAAAGUGACAAAGAUCGAAACUGCUGCCGGCCCCGGGAUGGGCCAUCCAUUGAUGACAAUGAAGGCCGGAAUCUUGCUCCUGACAUUGUUCGUCCUUGCGCCGAUGGACGACGCCAGCGGCAGCAAGUUGGGUAAGCUUUCGAUGGAGGAAGCUAUCACCAAGGAACAGGUGCUGAAAAAUAAUAUGAUUCCGGAGCAGGAAUCGGCCAUUGCUCAGGGCGGUACGUCGGAGCUGUCCAAAUCGACGGCAGCUCCCAUCAACGUGACGACGGCGGUGAAACCUACCACAGGAUUCUCCAAUGAAUUUAACAUGACGCUAAAGUGCGGUGAACGACACUUCCGAUGCGGAAACGGCCAAUGCAUACACAUUAGCUUCGUCUGUGACGGCGAGGACGACUGCAACGAUGAAAGCGAUGAAAAAGUCGAUGUUUGCAAAGUAAAAGAGACCGUGUGUUCGGAGGACAAGUUCCGGUGCAAGAACGGUAGGUGUAUCCUGAAACGCUGGCAGUGCGACGGCGAAAAGGACUGUGCCGACGGUUCGGACGAGGAUGCCGAAAAAUGCCAGACCAAAGUGUGCUCGUCGGAGGAAUUUACGUGCCGCAGCGGAACCGGCAACUGCAUCCCACUGUCGUGGAUGUGCGACCAGAACCGCGACUGUGCCGACGGCUCCGACGAAAUGUCCUGCAACGAAACGUGCCGAUCUGACGAGUUCACCUGCGCCAAUGGCCGCUGUAUCCAGAAACGUUGGGUUUGCGAUCGCGACGAUGACUGCGGCGACGGAAGUGAUGAGCGAAGCUGCCAGCCGACAACAUGCGAUCCCCAGAAGCAGUUCUCGUGUGCCGAAAACUACUGCAUCACCAGCAAAUGGCGCUGCGACGGCGAAACCGACUGUCCAGAUGGUUCCGACGAACGGGGUUGCGCCAGUCCGCCACCGCCAAUAGCCAGCACCUGCUUGCCGAUGGAGUACCAGUGUAAUGAUCGCGUGACUUGCAUCCAUCGUAGCUGGAUCUGUGAUGGGGAAAAGGAUUGCCCGAAAGGUGACGAUGAGAUGUUGCCCGUGUGCAGCAACGUCACCUGCCGGUCGGAUCAGUUCCAGUGCAAAAAGGAUCGAAUCUGUAUCAACGGGCACUUUUACUGCAACGGCAAGAAAGACUGCCCCGAUGGCAGUGACGAGCUUAACUGUGGCGGUAACACAAACAGUGCGAAGUGUAACAGCAAGACGGAGUUCGACUGCGGUGGCGGCAUGUGCAUACCGCUGUCGAAGGUGUGCGACAAGAAGCCCGACUGUCCGAUGUUUCAGGACGAGCCGGCCGACAAGUGUGGCAAAAACGAGUGCCUCGAGAACAACGGAGGUUGCUCGCAGCAGUGCGUCGAUACGCCCGCCGGGUACUACUGCGACUGCAAGCCGGGCUUUAAAUUGUCCGACAACAAGACCUGCGUCGAUAUUGACGAGUGCGCGGAACCCGGAUCGUGUUCGCAGAACUGCACCAACGAGAUCGGUACGUUCAAGUGCGAGUGCAUGGAGGGAUACCUGCGCGAUCCGCGCGACCACACGCGCUGCAAGGCCACGGAAGGGCAUGCUUCGCUGCUCUUUGCCCGGCGUCACGAUAUCCGCAAGAUUUCGCUAGACCACCGUGAGAUGACAUCGAUCGUCAACGAUACCAAAUCGGCAACGGCACUCGAUUUCGUCUUCCGGACGGGCAUGAUCUACUGGAGCGAUGUGUCCGAGCGGCGCAUCUACAAAGCACCGAUUGAUGAGGGCUCGGACAAGACGGUCGUCGUGAAGGAUCAGCUGGUUACGUCCGAUGGAUUGGCCGUUGACUGGAUCUACAACCAUAUCUACUUCACCGACAUCAAGAAGUCCACCAUCGAGUUGACCAACUUCGAUGGCAAUAUGGGCAAGGUUUUGAUCCAAGACGACCUCGAAAUCCCACGAGCCAUUGCUUUAGAUCCAAUCGAAGGAUGGAUGUACUGGUCCGAUUGGGGUACGACGCCGAGAAUCGAGCGUGCCGGUAUGGACGGAACUCACCGGCAGGUCAUCGUAAGCUAUGAAGUCAAGUGGCCCAACGGCAUCACCCUCGAUUUGGUUCGCAAACGAGUUUACUGGGUUGAUGCCAAACUAAACGUCAUUUCGUCUUGUAACUACGAUGGCUCCCAGCGUACCGUCAUCCUCUACUCGGCCGACUACCUCCGGCAUCCAUUUUCGAUCACCACCUUCGAGGAUCACAUCUACUGGACAGACUGGGACAAGGAGGCCGUCUUCAAGGCGAACAAGUUCACCGGCAAGGACGUGGAACCGGUGACGGCGAUGCAUAUGCUUCAGCACCCGAUGACGAUUCAUGUGUACCAUCCCUACCGACAGCCGGACGGUGUGAACCACUGUCAGGCGGUGAACGGCCACUGUUCGCACCUGUGCCUACCGGCACCCCAAAUAAGCGCCAGCAGUCCGAAGAUCUCCUGCGCGUGCCCGACCGGCCUGAAGCUGAUGAGCGACAGCCUUAUGUGUGUUGAAGACGAGAGCCAACCGGACAGUAAGGGCGACGACACGGAAAUUGCGGAACGGCAGAUGAGCUCACAGGAGCUCGGUAGCAACAACGGUACGAACAGUAGUCGUGGCGGUGCCAACAAACACAUCGAACACCACUCUAGUAACCUUUACGAUAGCAAUAAGGACAUCAUUGCAUCCUCUGCCAAUGCUUCAUCCUCCUCCAACUCUUCAUCGCCAUCCUCAUCCUCUAGCUCGCACGACGGCAGCCGGCGCAACUGGCAAACGACCCUGACGCUGCCCGGGCUCAGUCCGCCGGGCUUGAUCCCGGUCCGGACCAACAUCACUAACAGCUUGCACCUCACCGCCAUCUGCACCAACCUGACGCGUGUGGUCGCGAUCAUGGAGCGGCUCCGGUCCGUGAAGACGGUCCGCGACCGGGACGCUCUGGUGCGGUCCUACAUGCACCGCGUCCCUGGCUCGGACGGAGAGCAGCCCCGCUACUCCUACUGGGAGCAGCGCAAGCGUUUCAAUCUGCUCGAAAACCUCUUCCCGCCGGGCCCGGCCGAUGCCGAGGAGCGGGCCCAGGCCGAGGCGGCCGCCCAGCAUCGGGCCCUCUACGACAACGAGCUGGGUGCCUCGCUCGAGUACGUGAGGUGGCUUUGCGAACGGUACCGAGCCACGAUGCGAAAUGGCACCGAUGGCACAAUCAUCCACCCGGGCGUGGUCGAGGACGACUCGGGCCAGGUGGCCAUCUACGCCAUCGUCAUCAUCACGGGCGUCAUCUUGUCCUUCGCAGUGAUCGCGUGGUGCUUGUACCGUCACCAUGUGCACCGGAACUCGACGUCGAUGAACUUCGACAAUCCCGUCUACCGAAAGACGACCGAGGACCAGUUCAGCCUGGAGAAGAACGUGCAAAGCCGCAUGUACCCGAGCACCGUGGGCGAAGAGGCACAAGAACCGCUGAACAAACCUGCUACCAACGAUUUCGUCUAGCCUUGUCUAGUUCCACGAAAGAGCUCUACAAGAUCACCGAUGGCCGAGGCGAUAGCAGAAAUCAAUAAACCAGAACACAAUGACUCCGAGCCUUCAAAAGGCAAAACAUUAAUAGAAGGGUUAUUCCAUGAUUAUUUUUUGUGGCACCAACAAUCACAACAGACGAACAAACGGAAACUGCUAGGUAGCUAGACCGAAAAGCGACCGGACAGUGCAGACCGGCGCAGCGGAUUCCCCAAAGACACCCAAAAUAAUGCUCAACAUCAUGGGAGUAGUAGCCGUGGGGUUUUGAAAAUAGGAUGCUCAACAACCGUUCCGAAAUCACUGCUCCCAACGCCAUCCAUAGUGUUCUGUGUUUAACAUAAACUAGUUUGAACUUUUCUUUUCGAUUUUCCAUUGUUAUCUGUUUUUCCACCAUCGUCAAAGCACCCGAAAAGUCCUGGAACGUAAACCCUGUUAGCGAGAGGAAAACGGUUUUCCACCUCCGUCGUAGAUGAAAAGUUUCCGUAGUGGCUCUGGCGAUGCGUAGACCGUGAUAUCUGUAGCUGUAUAAACUGAGGGCGCUUUACCUUUCUUUCCCCCAUGUUGUUUCCUGUGAGGUUAGCUUAAUUGUAGGGGGAAAACACACGGUUAUGAAUCAACCCACUACUGCUAGGUAGGUGUUUUUCAGGUAAUCGAAAGAUUGGGCUGACGGUUAGUGGGUUUAGUGUUUCGCUGCACAAUGCAGUUUGAGGUUUAAGUUCUGAAAAACUGAAGAUGAGUCACGGAGCGGUGCACAAGGCCAGGUUCCAGCAGUGCCGAAAAUGGAGAGAAAGAGAGAAAUAUGUGCAAAGAAACAAAACUAGGAAAAGGUUCCGUCUUUCAGAAGGCAUACAUGAGAUAGUGAGAGUGGUACUGCGGCUACGAUUCUUAUCGUAUCCGGCGCGAUGUCCGUGCAAACUGUUUAAAUGUAUUUGUAAAUAUAAAAUCUUCACCUUCUGUUACUUCUACCUGUUUCGUUCAAUUGCCGCAAAGUAAUAUCCAGUUCCCUGGCCCCAGUUGCCUUGCAAAACACUUUUCUGUCCCUAACCGACCGAAAAACGGAAACGACUUCGAGAACCGUUAUGCAAACACCUAAUUAAUAACCUUUCACCUUCGCAGUGUAGCCCACUUUUCCUCGUAGUUAGAGAAGCAUUGUUCCGUUUUCCCGUUCGUUUUCCUGAUCGUUAGGCAUUUUUAAAGACGUUUAGAGCAUUCUAAUGGUCGUUGUUUAGGAGAAAUUCUAAAGGAUACUGUUCCCAUUCUUACGUAGUGAUAGCUUGCGCGCAUUCCUUACACCAUCGUCCAGCCAGCAAGCAACCUUACUUGAUUGGCGACACCGUUUGAUAUAGCAAAAUAUCGAGGACAGUAAAAUAUAGAAUGUAGGAUAAGUGACGGGCGCGCCGUUUAGCUGUCAAGCUGAACAUGGAAAUUGAGGCAAUUAAAAUGAAACACUCACAGUCACACGGCACAGAAAUGUGCACCACAAGAUACAGGUUAUGCGUUGGUUUUUGCUCAAAUUUUUCCCAUUUAUACUCCGAACAGGCACGACCCUCUUGCGAGAGAAACGGUGCCAAGCGGAUCCAAGUGAAAUUUGCUCAAUCUAAAACGUAGUGAAAUCGUGUCCCAGAUGAAUGCACAGCGCAUAACGGUUGGGGCAAAAUAGUAUCAUAAGAAGAAGGAAAACGCAUCAAAAGACAGCUCAA